AUGAUGAAAAGAAGAAGCAACUCCAUCACCGGCAGCAUGUCAGGCCCCAGACGAGGUUCAACGACCGACCCCAGCGCCGACGCCGCGCUCGCAAAGAUGGGCUACCAAUCCGAACUCCCUCGCAACCUGAGCAUGAUGAGCGUCCUCGGGCUGUCGUUCGCCAUCAUGGCCGUGCCAUUCGGUCUCUCAACCACGCUGUAUAUCACGCUUACCGACGGCCAAUCCGUCACCGUGCUCUACGGCUGGGUCCUCGUCUCGCUGAUUUCGCUGUGUAUCGCUGCGUCACUCGCGGAAAUCUGCGCCGUGUAUCCGACUGCUGGUGGUGUGUAUUAUUGGUCUGCGAUGCUGAGUACGCGCGAAUGGGCGCCGAUUACGUCCUGGAUUACUGGAUGGCUGACGCUCGUGGGGAAUUGGACUGUCACGCUAUCGAUCAAUUUCUCGGGCGGGCAACUCAUCUUGUCAGCGAUUACGCUGUGGGAUGAGGACUUUGUGCCGAAUCAAUGGCAGACGGUAUUGAUGUUCUGGGCUGUCAUGUCGGUUUGCAUGCUCACGAAUAUUUUCGGCGCAAAGUACUUGGAUCUCAUUAACAAGAUUUGCAUUUACUGGACGGCGAGUAGUGUGGUUAUCAUCCUUGUGGUGUUGUUGAGCAUGGCGGACACGAAGCGCGAUGCGAAGUUUGUGUUUACGCACUAUGAUGCUAGCCAGAGUGGAUGGCCAUCUGGAUGGGCGUUCUUUGUCGGGCUACUCCAGGCUGCUUACACACUCACCGGGUACGGAAUGGUCGCUGCCAUGUGUGAAGAAGUCGCGUACCCAGAGCGCGAGGUUCCCAAAGCGAUUGUGCUUUCGGUCGCGGCAGCUGGUGUCACUGGUGUCAUCUACCUGAUCCCAAUCCUGUUUGUUCUGCCAGAUGUGCAGCUUCUCCUCGACGUCGCGAAUGGACAGCCCAUCGGACUGCUCUUCAAGACCGUGACUGGAUCUGCCGGCGGAGGAUUCGGACUUCUAUUCCUGAUUCUUGGGAUUCUCUUCUUCGCUGGUACUGGUGCGCUCACAGCAGCUUCACGAUGCACGUAUGCUUUCGCUCGAGACGGCGCUAUUCCUGGAUCAAGGCUAUGGGCCAAAGUCGACAAGCGCUUCGACAUCCCUCUUGGUGCACUUCUGCUGUCGACAGCCGUUGACUGCCUCCUCGGACUCAUCUACUUUGGCUCGUCCGCUGCGUUCAACUCCUUCACAGGUGUCGCCACCAUCUGUCUUUCCGCAUCGUACGGCAUGCCAAUCCUCAUCUCCGUCAUCAGAGGUCGUCACGCCGUCAAGAAUUCGUCCUAUUCUCUGGGACGAUUCGGAUAUGCCAUUAAUGUUGCGAUGAUUGUCUGGAUUUGUCUCGCAAUUGUGCUAUUUUGCAUGCCUGUCAGCUUGCCUGUCGAGCCUGCGACAAUGAAUUACGCAAGUGUGGUCUUUGCUGGGUUUGCUACCAUUAGUGUUGUAUGGUACUUCAUCGGUGGCAAACACUUCACUGGCCCACCGGUGCCUCAGGAUGUUGCGCCAGGUGAGGAGGUUCCUGUUACCGGAAUUGCAGUGCAUGAUAGCCGAGAAGGUGGCGUGGUUGAUGACUUGAGCAAACAGAAAUAUUAG